GUUUUUGUUUAAAAUUCUGUAACCUACACGUUAAAAAUAAAUGAAUAAGUUAUGUUAUGUUAUUUAUUUCGGAAUAUAUAUUAUAGUUAGUAAUUGUAAUUAUUAAAUAAUAUUUUGUUGUUUAAAAAUGCAGUGGCAGUCAUUGCUUGAAAGUAUCAAUCGUAAAGUAAUAACACCUAGUCUAACUCGAGAAGUUGAUAAUAAUAGGAAUGAAAAUAAAAUAAUAUCAUUAAUUGGGUCUGACUCAACAAUAAAUGAACUAAUAAUAUCAUGGCUUGAGAAACAAAAUAAAAUGAAAAUAACAAAAUGUACUGAUCAAGCUAAACGUUUGAAGGAUAAAGGUAAUUUAUUUUUCAAAGAAAAAAAUUACAUAGCGAGUAUUGAAUCUUAUACAGAGAGUGCUAAAUAUGCAGACUUUAAUAAUGGCGAUUAUUCAAUUGCUCUCGCUAAUCGAUCAGCUGCAUUUUUUUUCAUGAGUAAGUACGAACAAUGUUUGGAAGAUAUUGCGGUAGUGAUUGAAUCGAAUUAUCCAAAAAAGUUAAAAUAUAAAUUGCACUUAAGAGCCACUCAAUGUUAUAUUAAAUUACAUAAGUUCCAUCAAGCCACUAAAGAACUUUCUGAAGCUGAAAAAUUGAUUAUAAAUAACGAAGACAUUUCAAAGAGCUCUAGAGAAAAUUUAAUGACGCAAAUUGAUAAUUUAUCGUCUCAAAUUACUGAGGAGUUGAAAAAUAAUUCUGAGGAUAUUUUAAAUGAAGAAAAAAUAAUAAAUAAUAAUAAUAUUAAUUAUAAUAAUAGUAAAUAUUUAAUUAAUCCAAAUGAAUUACUUGUACCGAAUAUUAAUUUUCCAUCCGCUUCGUUUAAAUUAACUCGUAAGCAUUCGCCGACAAGAGGAAGACAUAUCGUAGCUAAUGAAGAUAUAAAAAAAGGAGACGUUCUUUUUGUAGAAAAGCCGUUUGCUUUUGUUCCAUUGGAUAAUGCAACCUCUGAUAUUCUAUGUACCCAUUGCUGUGGUUUAAUAAUUGACUCAGCCAUUCCGUGCAGAAGCUGUUCGAGUGUUUUGUACUGCUGCCGUGAAUGCUGGAUGAAAUCGUGGUCGUAUCAUCAGUGGGAAUGCUCUGGAUAUCAAUUUGAAAUAUGGAAACAAAUUGGAAUAGCUCAUUUAGCAUUAAAAUCAUUAUUAAUAUCCGUUGAAACGGAUGAUAUUACUAGAUUUAACGACGUAGAAGAGCUGGUUACUAAUAUUGAUAAAUUAAACCCAGAGGAUUUAAUAUUGUACAGUGUUACAGCUUUGAUGUUAACUCUCUACCUAAAGAAAUACACAAAUUUCUUCGAUGCCAUUGACAUGAAAAAAUGUUUGAUUGAUAAAUUUAAGACUGAAAAUCUCAGUUUUCCUCUUGACAAUUCAAGUGAAGAAAGUCAGAAAUUAUUUAUUAGUUGUAUAAUUUUGCGGCAUAUGCUACAGUUGAUUGCCAACGGUCACGCGAUCACGCGACUUAAUUUAACAACCGCUGAAGGAGCUGAUGUAUUCGAAGAACAGCAGCAAAGAAUUGCAGUUGGAAUUUAUCCGUCAGCUAGUAUGAUGAAUCAUUCUUGUGAUCCUACUAUAAUUACAACCUUUUCAAAUGAUUAUCUCAUUGUUAAAGCAAUCAAGGACGUUCUUACCGGCGAAGAAGUAUUUAAUUGUUACGGUCCUCAUUUUCGACGAAUGCCUUUUGAUGAACGUCAAAAAUCUUUGAAAGACCAGUAUCGUUUUGAUUGUAAAUGUAAGCCUUGUACUGAUCCUACUCUUAAACAAUUUUUGGAUCGAUUUGAUGCUGUUCAAUGUCCAAAAUGUAGUGGACCAUUGGAAAAAUCUACAACCCAUUUAUCUCGUUGUUUAGACUGCAAUGUGUCUAGUAAAAUAGACAUCAAAGUACAGACAGAAUUAAAAACAGCAAAUGAUCUGUUUGCAUCAGCCCAGGAUUAUUUACAGAUAGGAAAAAAUAAAGAUGCAAUUGAUUAUUUAAAACAUUGUUUAAAUAUUCGACAAAAAUGGUUAUAUAAAUAUCAUGAUGACAUAGCAAUAACACUUGAUACUUUAGCAAAAGUUAAUAUAAUGAUGGGUAAUUGGUUAGACUCGAUGCCAUAUCUUGAAAAAAGUCUCACUGUUAUUGAAAUAAAAUUUGGAAAUGAAAGUAUUGAAGUCGCUAAUGAAAUUAACAAGAUCACAGAUGUCAGUUUACAAUAUUUGCAACAUAAUAAUGACAAGUUUAAAUCUUCAAUUUACAAGGAUACUUUAAAAAAUAGUCAGGAUCUCAUUGAUCGGGGAGAAAAAAUAAUGAAUAUAAUUGCUGGUCCUUGGAAUGAAGUCUAUCAGGAAUUGAUUAACAAAAAAAAUGAGUUAUUAAGGUUACAAUGUCAUGAAUAAUGUUAAAUAUUUUUCAUAUUCUUUGCAUUUUAAAUUUGAAUUUCUAUGCCUGUAUGUCAGUCGAAACGCGCCAAUUUCAAACCCAUGCGAUUUAGGGGUAGAAACUGAUCCCUUUCUUUUCUAGUGAAAAAAACUCGUUAUUUCCUGCCCAGUACAUUAGGGUGUGUUCAGAAAUUUACUCUGGAAGAUAAAGAUACUUCUACACUACCGCUGAAAAGUAUUUGGCCACCUGCAUUUUUUAUUAUAUUACAAACGCAGCUAUUAAAACGGUUUUAUUAGGUUUAACUGUUUGUAUCUAACCGCAAAAUACGUAUGAUUAUUUCUUCUAAUUAUUUGCUAAUAAAUAGUUAAAAUUACUAUGAAGUUUUAUUUAUUGAAAUUUUUACAAGAUACCUUUUUCUGAGUGGCCAAAUACUUUUGGGCGGUAGUGUACGUUCACUAAUAUUAUAUGGUUGAAAAAAAUGAACUAAGGUAGAAGCCGCAAUACCCAUUCACUUUUAAUUGGAGUGAGAUUAAAUCACUCAAUAUAAAUUAAUAAACAAAAUGAAAAACCAUAUUUUUUUUAUAGUUAUUUUUUCAAGUUUCGAAUAUUAGAAUAAAAUUUUAGUUUGAAGAAUAAUCUUGAUAAUUAAUUAUUAUUAAUUUUUUAAAUAAGGUCCUUGAGUGUACCCAUAGUCGCUUACUAAAAGUUGUCAUGUCCCAUUACUCGAUCAACACAUGGCCCUACAGUCGCUCAAAGACAAUAUCAAUUAAACUAUCAUAAGUUUAUUGAUUUGGACAAAUAAUUUAUAAAUUAUACUACUUUAUUCUUUAAUAAUAUAAAAUUUCAUGAAUUUUAAAAAUAUAUUUAAUAAGAUAUAGUUAUAACAAUUCUUAAAAAAUUUGACGUAAUCUAAAUUUAAUCUAACGAAUGAACGUUAAAGUAAAAAAUGCUCGGCUAUGCGCGAUUUUGAAAACAGUCAUUUAAUUUAAAUUUAUAAUCUAUUAUAAAAUAAUUUGAUACAUUAUAUUUUAAUAUAUUUAGAUACACAAAUAAUUAUUUAUCAAUAAUAAUAUUUUUAAUUGUAAUUAAUUUUUAUUAAAAUUAUAAAAAAACGCCUUAAACAUUUAAAGUGAGCGACUAAUAAUACUGAGCGGGUACAGGGGCUUUUAUCUUACAUAAAUUAAGAACUGAAAAGUAAUAUAAUGGUAGUAAAUAAUUAUAGAAUAAAUAUUAAUUAGUAUAUUAUACAUCCAGGAUGGAAAGUAGGACAUUUCAACCCACGUGAAUUGCCUAUGGCACAUGUCGAUUGAAACGCCCCGUCUUCCUUCGUGGUGUGUAUACAAUUUUUCACCAAAUCUGCACCGUAAACUUUAAAUUUCUGCAUCUGUUUACAAGAAGAAUAGCGUGUGCGCUAAUUUUUAUAUUAUAAUUUUUUUCUCAUAAAAGAAAAGAAUAAUUUUCUUCUCUUUAGACAGGGCAGGAUUUUUAAUUGUUGGUGCAGGCGUGAAAAAUUGAUUGUGUAUGCAGGAAAAUGAUUAAAUGACAAAGUAUUUCAAAAUUAAUAUUUGAACUUUCAAAAUAUUAAAGUCACAUAAAUAUUAAAAAUUCAUGAUACGUAUUAUAAAAUUUAUUGUUUGGAAUGUUAAAAUUUCCUAUAUUGACACUCAAGUUUCGGGUAAUAAUGCAUUCAUAAACUCAGCGGUAAAUAAAACAGAUCAGGAAUUUUUUCGUUCUUCUAGUAUUAAUUAAACCACGUGAUUCCAUUAAUUAAUCACCUGGUUUUAUAUUUAUCAAUCCCCAGUGUUUUUCUGAACACCCCCUUAGUUUCUGAUUUGAUUUCACCCCCAUUAAAAUCGCAUUCCUUUAUUUAGAACCUCCAAAUAUUUAUGACAUCCAAACUAGAAAGUUCUUAGUUUGGAAAAUUCAAAAAAUUAUUUGAGUUUUCAUAAAAAAAAAAAACAUUAAUAAAUUUUCUUAUUAAAUUAUUGAAAUUUUCAUGUUUAAAAUACAAAAACUUUGCCGCAUUUUCCGUUAGAAAUUGGUCUGUUUUGACUCCAGAGAUUAAAACUCCGGGUACCAAUGCAGAUAAUAUGAAAAAUAUCACACGUGGCACAAGAUAGAUGACGAUUUCAGACUUGCGGUCAGCCCUCAGACGUAGAUAGUAAAUUUCACCCUCGUCUGAAAUCCUUCUGUUUGAUCCCUUGCCACGCAAUAAUCUAUUUAAAUAUAAGUAUUUUUCUUAAUCAUUCCAAAUAAAAUAAAUUGUAUUUUUUUCAUUUUUUAUGGUAAUUUACAUGUCAAAGAAAAUUAAUUUAAAAAAGUUGAUUUAUUUAUAUAGUAUUAAUCGUAUAUCGUAAGUAUGGUGUUAUAUCAAAUCACAAGGCAAAAUCCAAUAUUCACAUAGCUGGUGCGAUGACACAGCGCACCAUCAAAGAGUUCCAAUUAAUUUUAUUUAUUUAUUUUAAAUCAACGAUAUCAACGAUCGCAUAUUUUCUCUUUAUUCUAGUCUUCUAAAUAAUAAAAUUAUUAAAUUGAUAAAAGAAACAAAAACGGAACAAGUUGUUAUUUGAAUAUAUAAUUUAUGUAUAAUAUAUAUAUAAAAAAAAAAUGUUAUAUAUUAAUGACAAAAUAAAAUAUUUAAAGAACAAAUGUUUACAAAAUGUAAAUGUGUAAUCUCUAAAAGAUAUGAAAAUGUUUAGGAAUGUAUAAUUUCAUUUUAUUGAACAAAUAAUCAGAUUCUAUUAUUAUUAUUAUUUUUUUUUUAUUAUUAAUCUGAUUAUUUGUUCGCUUUAUAAAAUUUUCAUACAUUCAUUUUUUAUUUUUUUUACGGUACCUUUUAUAUUAAAUUAUUUUAUACUUUUUUUUUUAUUUUUUGUCUUGUUGUUUUUUGUUAUUUUUUUUUAUACAAAUGUACAAGAUUCUUAAUAAUUAAUAAUAAUAAUUAGAUUACAGAGGCGAAAAUUUUGGCUAAUAUAUACCCGUAUAAAAAAAAUAAGUUUCAAAAAAAUUUCAAAAAAAUUCGAAAUGUGAAAUUUCUAAACUUGAUACAGAUUAGAAUUUUGAGUAGAACUUUUUUUGUAAUUUCGAUGGUAAAAAAAUAAGUGUGUCGGAUUUUAUAGAAACAAAUUUUAAGUCAAAAAAGAAAUUUUUUAAAACGUAUUUUUACUAAAUUUUACCCUCGUUCCGAAAAAGUUUCUAUUAAAAACCAAUGACUUCAUAAGAAUAAAAAAUCAUUUAUGAAAACUUUCAAAUUAGAGUUUUUUAAACUUUUUUGAAAAGGGGAAAAUUUUUUCAAAAUCGUUGAUUUUUUACCCAAAAUU